CCGCGCAUCCGCAUCACCGACGAGGAGGAGGGUGGCGCGGUGGCAUCGCCUGCAGGAAUCCAGUUGUAAAGUCCACACACGAGGCUAAAAUGCGCUGAGGAGAGAAAGUGUCUGGAGAUCGGUUGUUAACCAGAGAACACCUCACGGCACUGAGACAUCUGAAGAAGAGGAAGAGAAAAACACGCUCCGGACAAGUUGUGAUUUCAGAGGAAAUCCGACUGGAGAUGAAUACCAACGAUGCCAAGGAGUACCUCGCACGGCGGGAGAUACCUCAACUGUUUGAGAGCCUGCUGACAGGUUUGAUGUACUACCGGCCUGACGACCCCAUCGACUACUUGGAGGGCUGUCUGAAGAAAGCCAGGGAGCUCGGAGGACCAGACAAGGUGCGGUGGGAUACCUUCGUGGGCCAGGAGAAGAAGUCACUUCCUCCUCUCAACGGGGGCCAAUCACGCAGGUCUCUCUUCAGAAAUGUGUUGCCCGACAGUCCCAAUUUUCCCUACAGACGGUAUGACCGCCUCCCUCCCAUCAGCCAGUUUUCCAUCGAGAGUGACUCAGACCUGUCGGAGACGGCGGAGCUCAUAGAUGAGUACGAGGUGUUCGAUCCAUCCAGACCGCGACCCAAAGUCAUCCUCGUCAUUGGUGGCCCUGGCAGCGGCAAAGGAACACAGAGCCUGAAGAUUGCCGAGCGUUACGGCUUCCAGUACGUGUCCGUGGGCGAGCUGCUGAGGAAGAAGAUGAUCCACAACGCCACCAGCAACAGAAAGUGGAGCCUGAUUGCCAAAAUCAUCACCAACGGAGAGCUGGCACCACAGGAGACAACAAUAACUGAGAUCAAGCAGAAGAUCAUGAAGAGCCCAGACGUUAACGGUCUCGUCAUAGAUGGGUUCCCUCGAGACGUGGGACAGGCCUUGUCCUUCGAAGACCAGAUCUGCUCUCCUGACCUGGUGGUGUUCCUGGCCUGCACCAACCACCGUUUGAAGGAGAGGCUGCAGAAACGAGCCGAGCAGCAGGGACGACCGGACGACAAUCCCAAGGCCAUCGACCGCCGCCUGACCAACUUCAAACAAAACACCAUUCCUCUGGUCAAAUACUUCCAGGAGAGGGGCCUUAUUGUUACGCUGGAUGCCGACCGAGACGAGGAGGAGGUCUUCUGUGACAUCAGCAUGACUUUGGACAACAAGCUGUUUCCCUCCAAAGAGCCAGCAGCCGGUCCGAGUGAGCUGGACCUCAGUCUACUGGGUGAAACCAGCAGCCUGGCAGAUCUUGCUUGCAAGUACGAUGAGGUCGAAGAAGAGGAGGAAGACAUUGGGUAUGCUGAAGGAACCACAGAAAGUUAUUGUACAGAACAGAAGAAACCAAAGGUCAUCUUCAUGAUGGGUGGUCCAGGCUCAGGGAAAUCCCUCCAGUGUGAGCGGAUGGAGGAGAGGUUCGGCCUGCGUUGCAUUGCCCUGGGUGACCUGCUGUGUACCCAGCUGCAGUCUCAAGGUGACAGAGGGCGUCACCUGCGAGACGUCCUGGAGAGGGGAGAGCAGCUGCCCGAGGACACACUGCUGGAGCUGCUGGGUGAUGCGGUGGCGGCGGCAGUCCGGCAGGGGAAAAGUCUCGUGAUCAGCAGCUUCCCCAGAGACCUGAGACAUGCUGAGGACUAUGAGGCCAAGAUGGGGGAGCCCAGCGCGGUGCUCCUGCUGAGCUGCUCGGCCGACACCAUGUCCAGUCGCCUGCAGUGUCGCCGCGGAUCCAGCUCCGGCCUCCACCCGGCCUCAGACAGAGACGGCGUCCUGCACAGGAGGGCUGAGAGCUUCUGCAGCGACAGCCAGGCGGUGGCAGCUCAUUAUGAACGCAAGAAGCUUCUGCACACGGUUGACGCCGAGAGGUCGCCAGACGAAGUGUUCGCCCAGAUCUGCCAGGUGAUGGAGACCUUCUGAUUUCUACAAUUUCCUCCCCAAACUCUGCCGUCCAGAGGGGGGGGGGUCCACCUGUGAAGACCUUCUCUCUCUCUGGAGACUCGCCACACCACACCCACAUAACAUCACACCUGCACCAGACAUACGCUCGUUGAACUGUGGUAUGCAUGUCCCCAAACACUCCCAGCAAUCAGUGAAACCUCUUUCUGCUUUUGACACUGACGAAGCGCCUGGUUGUCACAUUCUGCUUCAUCCACUUGCAUUGUCUCUCUCUUAUAUUGACCUCAAUAUAUGCUGCCAACUGCCGGACCGAGGCAGGUAACUGUACUGAGAAAACAGCAUUCCCUGCUGUGACUGAGAGCAUGUUUCUAGUUGAAUGUGAAAUCUCUCCCACCGAAGGAGCAGAGGGAGGGUUCCCGCCGCGUUAGAAAGUGGAAAUGUCAGUGUGCGCUCAUGCUCUCAUGCACAGCAAACAUGCUUUAUAUCGUAACAAGCAUGCAAGAAUUACAAUCAAGCUUAACUGCCUUUUGUGCAUUCAAUAAAAAGCAGAAAAGAGUAUUAAAGAAUAUUGCAUUUGUAUGUUUCCAAGCUCAUCGUGCAGGUGUUUGUUUAAGUCUGGUAUUUAACAUUCAAUAAAGCCAGUGCAUUUGCUAAGAGGAG